AUGUUGAACAUUCUCAAAGUCGCGUUUGAGUCAUACUUGGACCUUGGUAUCUCCUAUGCAACUCUCAACAAUGCCGUCGCUACAAACAACGCCGGGCUGGCGGUCGGCUGCCUAUUAUUCAUGCCCUUUGUACACAAAUACGGCCGCCGACCGCUCUAUAUCUUGAGCUCGUUGAUUCAACUCAUGGCAGCAAUUUGGUCAGCAUGUCUCAAUACCGGCGGCGAGCUCAUUGCAGCCAAUCUGGUCUCCGGGGUCGGGGGCGCCAUCAGCGAAGCAAUCGUCAUGAUAACAAUCGUGGAUCUCUUUUUCCUUCACCAGCAUGCCCGGCUGAACGGCCUCUUUCUUCUGAUGCAAAGCGUUGGAUCAUUUGGAGGCCCCGUGGCGGCUGGAUUUAUUGUUGACAGCCAGGGCUGGCGAUGGAUGUGGUGGUGGACUACGAUCUUUCUAGGGCUCAACUUUGUUCUCGUUUGUUGCUUCUUCGAGGAAACAAAGUAUGUCCCCAUCUCGGCUGUCCAGACUCCACGAAGGCCAGCGUCCGUGGUUCAUGAGGACGGGCUGCCAAAGAUGUCUUCUCACGAACAUCUCGAAGAGAUGUCAAUUCGUUCGACCUCCGACCCAGCCACUCCUCCACGGAACCCCUUAUCCAAACGCUUGGCCAUUGUCACGAAAUCCGACGUCUCCAUUCGCCAACACUUCUAUCUUCCUGUCAGGGUACUCUUUACAUUUCCUGCUGUCGCUUACGCGGCAGUGACCUACGGCUUACUUCUAGCCUGGUUCGCUGUCAUCAGCUCAGCUGCCUCCUACUUCAUGCUUGACCCCCCGUACUCAUUCGCUUCCUCCUCAGUGGGUCUGUUCAUGAUCUCUGCUUUGAUCGGAACAAUAAUCGGUACUAUCUUCGGCGCGCCCCUUAGCGACUGGUCUAUCCUCUGGCUUUCAAGACGAAACGGGGGAGUCUUCGAACCUGAAAUGCGUUUAUGGGUUGCCCUGGUAGGAUCCCUUCUAUGUACUGGGGGGAUCUUAAUGUUCGGCCUAGGGCUUGCAAAGAGCCUGCCAUGGAUUGUUCUAGCUGUGGGGUACGCCAUCUUCGGCGUCGGGUUUUCAAUGGCCGGUGAUAUCGCUCUGACCUACUUAACUGACUGCUAUCCUGAUAUUCUUAGUGAUGCUCUUGUUGGCGUAAUCCUCGUCCGCAAUGGGAUCUCCGUUCUCAUCAUGUUUGUAUUCACACCGUGGGUUAACAACCUCGGCAUCCAGAAUACAUUCAUCUGCAUUGCAUUAAUCUCAUUGAUCAUGACCCUUCUGCCAAUUAUAUUGCUUGUCAUGGGCAAAGCAGCCCGCGCUCGGACAGCAGCCGAUUACAGGAAGUUCGCUGUUCGACAGGCUGUAUAUCGAACUCUUUAA